CGCCCAACGCCCGGUAGCCCGAGAGCCUCUGGGGUCCUCCCCCACACCCCCGAGGUCCUGCAGACGACGGCGUCGUGGGCGGCCACCGUCUUGGGUCUGGAACGGGGACAAUGAGCGAUAGCCACUCGGCGCCAGGCCCGGGCUCUUCCCGCCCGGGUGGGGCACAGAGCGCCGCGGGCGGUCGAGGAGCCCGGAAGCCCAGGCCGCUCCGUCCCCGUUUCCGGCAGCGCCUCGCUGCUCCUGGAGCCGCCGUGGCAGCGUACGCAGUUUCCAUGGGGACUGAAGAUGGCGCCCCGAGGGAAACGGUUGUCCUCGACCCCCCUGGAAAUCCUAUUCUUUCUGAACGGGUGGUAUAAUGCUACCUAUUUCCUGCUGGAACUUUUCAUGUUUCUGUAUAAAGGUCUCCUGCUACCAUAUCCAACAGCUAACCUAGCACUGGAUGUGGUGAUGCUCCUCCUUUACCUUGGAAUUGAAGUAAUUCGCCUGUUUUUUGGUACAAAGGGAAACCUCUGCCAGCGAAAGAUGCCACUCAGUAUUAGCAUAGCCUUGACCUUCCCAUCUGCCGUGAUGGCCUCCUAUUACCUGCUGCUGCAGACCUAUGUACUCCGCCUGGAAGCCAUCAUGAACGGUAUCUUGCUCUUCUUCUGUGGCUCAGAGCUGUUGCUUGAGGUGCUCACCUUGGCUGCUUUCUCCAGUAUGGACAGGAUUUGAAGUACAAAAUUUCAGCCAGCAGCCCAUCAGGCUGAUACCACAUAUACUGCAUCUGGCACUUUGGCCACAGCGGUGAGAAUUGGAGGGGCAAGUUGUCUGAGAAAGGCUGUGUGGCUUUUCUUCGGCACAGACAUUUGUGCAAGCAACUCAGAAUAAGGCCAGUGGGUACCAUCUUCUAAAGCAGGAUCAUCAGCCCCAGAGGCUCUUCUACACUCCAGUAUAGGGAGGGGCAAGGUUAUUCCCAUCCUGGCCCUUCUCAGAACCAGCUCCCUGCUGACCUCAAGUUCUCCUCUUUGAUCACCGUGGCCAGAGCAUCUCGUGUGGACCAUCUAGGCUCCUUGGGCUUCAAGCAGGACCUGAGCCACAUGCUCCCUCCCACACGAGCAUAGAGAGCCUCAUAUUGGUAGGCUUCCAGAGCCAUGCAAAAGCCUCUUACCCCAAUCCUCAGAGACUGAGCUCCAGAACUUUUUUAGUAGCUCAUAGUGUUAUUUUUCUACUCUCAUCAUGAUACAAACUUUAUUUUAUAAUAAAUACAUAUUUUCUGUUG